AUUUAAUGACAACGGUGAUAACCGAUUUAUUCGUUCGAAUCGUUCGACGGCUUACUGCGUAAUGUAACUGGAGAAUGUUAGCGUAUUAAAUUUUAUUCGCCUAUUCGCCUGUUCAUAAAAUCGUAAUAUAAACUUGUCUGGCCAAUUCAAAGUCAAUCGCUAAUAAUGAAAACAUUGAACACUGUUGCGAACGAGGAAGCUUCCAAAAAAGGCAUGAGGAAGUUUUUACACAAUUUGCAGCCUUCAAGUGCUGGCAAAGAAAACUUGGUGGGUGCUGGCAGGACACCGCAGGAUAUUGCGAUCGAUGGAAAAACCAUAAAAUCUGAACCGAAUUUUGAUGAAACAGAAGUAUGCGUUCAAGAAACAUCUUCUGUUUCUAAAGUGAAUCCGUCAUUGUACCAAAAAUUGUUAACAGAAGAUCUUACUUCUGUAGCUGGCCCGAGUGAAAAAUACUGGGAAGUGAUUGCUGAACGCCGCAGAAAAGCUUUAGAAGAAGUAUUGGAAGAAAAUGAAAAAUUACAAGCAAUGAUUAUUGCUUUAGAAGAAGAAAACAAGACUUGCAAGUUAUUGAUUGAAAACACUACUGAACUCGUCAACACACUUAAGCAAGUGAUGAAUGAAAAUCAGACCUCUGAUGAUGAUGAUGAGCCAUGUAAUGAACAGGGAGACAGUGGUUUGAGCACGCCAGACAGUUAUUCGAGUGUAAAACAUAUUCAUAAGAAAAUGAAGACAUCAGAUUCAAAUGAUUGUUCAGAUAGCGACUAAAAGAGUCAUUUUGUAUCUAUACUUAUGUUCCAAGUUACUAAAAUAAUUACAUAAUUUAAACAAAUAUGUCAUAAGUUUCUAGUAGGUUUAUGUAAUUUAUUUAUUUCUAUAAGGGUAUUAUAUUAAUUUUGUUUAAAAAAAUAGUAUAAGUAUGUUUUUUUUACUUCACUUUCAACCAUAAUAUAAUUGUUGUAUUGCAGUAAGAUAUAAUUAGGUAGACUAAAUAGUUAUGUUUAUACUGUAUAAAAAAUUAAUUGCCAAAUAUUUUUAACUAUGGCAUCAUAAAAUGAAUAAAUGAUUUUGUACAAUCAACACAGCAUUUAUUCAAAAAAUAUAUUUAUAUUUAUUUCAUGUACAUUUUCAUAAGUUAGUAUUAUUAUUUAUAAGUAAUAACAGUUACCCUGGUGUUGAGCAUGAGUAGAAAUCACUGGCUGAAUAAAAGUAAAUAGAUUUUUAA